UGAUCAGCAGCAGUAGUUCACGUGAAACUUUUAAGAAUAAUGCGGCGCUGAAAUCAACAUGAGUCGCGAUCAGGGUGUUGUGUUAACCGCCUUCAUCAGCAACACUGAACUCGCCGUCAGCUGUACGGAACAAACAGAUGGUUCGGGACUAAGGAUGAGCUUCAUGAGAUCUUCUCUAGACUGGACAUUUUGAUUGCUAACAACAUGAUUAACCACUGUUUGCCGAACUCCUUUAUGAAUUCUGCAAACUGGAGCAGUUCUUCUGUUCGUAAAACCGGUCAGUACAAUGUCCAGAGGUCCAAAGCCCAUGCUGCGUCUUUGGGUUCGAGGUCGGGGAAGAACCCGUACCAGCGCUGCAACUCUCAAGAGUCUCUGGAUGAGAAGGUCAUGGUGGACUACUACAAAGAGCUGGAGAUCAUUCAGCACAGUGGAGAUGCUGAGCAUCACGAGGAGGUUCAGCUGAAGGUGGCUGAUGAAGGCGAGCAGGAAGAGGCGUGGCUUACGGAGGCGGGGCUAGCGACACUGUUUGACGAGUCUGCGUCUGAUGGUGAAGAUAGCAUGGUUUUGUUGUCCACGCUGACCCGAACGCAAGCGGCUGCCGUAGAGAGGCGUGUGGAAACUCUUAGACAGACACUACGCAAACGAAACAAAACCUACAGCGUCCCGGAUGUUCGAGAUAUCUUUAAACCAUUGUCCUCUUCAGAUGAUGUGACGUCUACAGAGAGAAGUGCGAGUGAUAAACAGGAAGUCCAAAAACUGGAAAAUGGGGCAGGGCCUAACGCUCAGGGGGGCGGAGCUGAGACCGAAACGGACAUUAACCUGGAGGUGUCGUUCUCUGAACAAGCACUUAUCUACAAAGAAGGAUUGAAGGUCGUUCAGCCCCUGCUUGAAGCUGACGACAAGUUACCUGAUUUUAAAGUGUCUCAGGAUAAGACGGGCCAGACGAGAGCUGGAGAUCUGUCGGCUGAGGACAUGAAGAAAGUUCGUAGGCUUGUGGUCAUUGAGAUGAGCGCUCUGUUUGACACCUGUGGAAUAGAGCUGAAAACUCAUAAAGCACUGAAGAUCAGAGUCAGAGAGUCGGGUUUGUUCGGUGUUCCUUUGUCUACUCUGUUGGAACAAGACCAGCGGAGAAUCCCCGCAACUAAAGUGCCUCUUAUACUUCAACAUUUGAUCUCACAUAUAGAAGAACAGGGUUUAGACACAGAGGGUGUACUAAGGAUACCUGGAUCAGCCACAAGAGUAAAGGCAGUGUGUCAGGAACUGGAACAGAAGUUUUAUAAUGGGACAUUUCCAUGGGAAAGUCUUAAACAGCACGAUGCUGCCAGUCUCCUGAAACUCUUCAUCAGAGAGCUGCCAUCUCCUCUGCUCACUGUGGAAAACUUUAAUGCGUUCAUCUCUGUUCUCAAGCUGCCAACAAAGAAGCAGCAGCUACAAGCCCUCAAUCUACUGGUGCUCCUGUUACCAGAACCCAACAGAGACACACUAAAGGCUCUGAUGGAGUUUUUCCAGAGAGUGAAUGAUCACAAGGACAAGAAUAAGAUGACACUGAACAAUGUUGCCGUAGUGAUGGCUCCCAACAUCUUCAUGUGUAAAGGCUUUCGCAGUAAGAUCAGAGAACAGGAAGAGUUUGCCAUGGCAACCGGCACCGCCAACAUCGUCAGGCUUCUUAUACGCUACCAGAACCUGCUGUGGACGAUCCCCAAGUUCAUUCUGAAUCAGGUGCGCAGACAGAACACUGAGAACCAACGGAAGAUGAACAGAGACCGAGCGGUUAAAAAACUACUGAGGAAGAUGACCCAUGACCGUGAGAAGGCACCUGACAAACAGGAGAAAAACACUGAGACUGACGGAUUCAUACGGAUUCAAGCUCCUCAGUUCAAAAUGGUUUCUAUGGCUGUACAGUUAACAGAUCAUCUAAAGGCCUCUGAUGUUCUCACGCGAUUUCUACAUCAGGAGAGGUCUUUGUCUGUGAAAAGAGAAGAUCUGUGUUUAUUUGAGACAGGAGGAAACAUCAAGGAGAGAUGUUUAGAUGAAGAGACGUAUAUCGCAGCUCUACUAGAGCUCAAUCCCAGUGCUGAGUGGGUCAUAAAAUCGGUUCAACAUGGCCUGGGCUGAAAUCUGCCAAAUCAACCAAUCACAUCGCACGAUUUAGAGAGGAGGACAGGGAAACAGCAGCUCUCUCAUCAUCAUCGUCAUAUACUGUAGUGGAUUCAGAUUGAAUAUAUCUGCAUAUUUCCCUCAUGCAGCAGUAGAUGAGAUGAUAUUUAAUCCAUCAAUUACACACAAAUAAUUCUUAUUUAGAUAUUUUGUAAUCUGCCAGUAGAAGCCAAAGGAAGGUCAAAGUGUUUCCCGGUUUAAUCACAUUUGGCACUUGGUCAUCUAAUUUCAUGUGUUUUAACUGCUGAUGAAAACACAAAUGUUCAUCUCGUGAUGUACCAAUCUCAUUUUGUAUCAAGAAAAUUGAGUUCACUGACAAUUAAACCUAGCUAUAGUGGAGAAAUGAUCUCAUUUUUAUUACUUUACUACUUCUGGACAUUUUAGUUCUUGCCCCCUGUUGGUUAAAGAGAGAACAGCAGACAGAUCUGUGCCUAUGAGAGAGCAGAUUUAAAGGGAUAGUUAACCCAAAAAUGAAAAUUCUCUAACCAAACCAUUUGUGGACACCAUUUACUUCCAUAGUAAGAAAAAAGAAUACUAUGGAAGUAAAUUGGGUCCACGAAUGGUUUGGUUAAAAACAUUUCUUAAAAUAUCUUUGUUUGUGUUCAUCAGAAAAACGAAAUUUAUACGGGUUUGUAACAACAUUAGAGUGAGUAAAUUUUAUUUUUGGGUGAACUAUCCCUUUAAACAUGAGCUUAGUUGGUUAAAUACAAAGUUAGAUGUGUUUCAUGAUGGACAUCGAGAUACUGAACAUUUUACAAUUUAAACAGUUUUUCACAGUAUUAAGAAUGAGAUUUUUUGGAAUGUCAUGAAAUGCACAGUGCAAAAUGUUUUGCUCUUAAAAUUAGCCACUUUUCAGUUUUUACUUUUUUUUCAGUAAAUAUAGACUAUAUAUUAUUUUUGUAAGUAAAAUAAAAUCUGCCUUUUUAAGGACCCACAAAUCUGCUUUAAUUUUUUUUAAGCAAUUUUUCAUCAUAUAUGUAAUAACGGUCUCGACUAAACACUCCAUUUAUAUUUUAUAUGUCCUUUUACUAAUAAACUGAUUAGCUGUUCACUUAAGAUGGUGAAUGUACAGUUUUCUGUUUUACAGCAUUUAGGAAAAUAAUGCCGCUAUUUGUUGAGAGAAACUGUUUGUUCUUACAUGAAGCCUUCAGACACUCAAAUGAUCCUAGAACCGUUAAAGGGUUUAUGACAGAAAUCACUUUAGUGGAUGGAGACGUGCACUUAACCUGAACUUACAGUGAUGUAGAUGAUUAUUGAUUUUUAUUGUGCUAAAAACUGUGAAUAUGGCAGAGAAUGACUUGUUGUAUGUUUUAAUGCUUCAAAAUAACCACUGUUCAUAAAGGUUUGCUUUUUUAAAUAAAAAGUCAAUUCUUUA